AAUUUUUAUUGACGGAUGACAGCCCAAAAAAAUUCCCUCGCCUCCUCCAGAAAAACCCGACCAUCCCCAACCAACAACGACCAUCGGUUUAGCCCGAAAAAUUGCUUGAAAAUCGCAAACCACUCGAGCGAAAAUCGCUUAAGAUAUGUCCCAUUGAAUCACCAUCCCCUGCAAUCGACACCACUAGUAGGUCGGCCGCCUAGAGACCUUCAAGACAUACCACUUCCCCUUUGCAUAAUUCAAUCAAAGCUUUGUACAAAACCACUACAGAUGACUUCUCUAAGCUCUUCAAUGUUUCCCUUUUUCAUUCUUCUUGCAUUUGCAUUUCCAUGGGCAAUUACUACUUCAGCGCAAACCCAAGAAGCAUUUCUUGAAUGCCUAUUCCUUCACUCCAACAUAUCUAAACUUGUAUACACCCCAGCCAACUCCUCAUAUUCCUCUGUCUUGCAGAAUAACAUACAAAACCUUCGGCUUUCCGGACCAACCAGUCCAAAACCUCAAGCCAUUAUCACACCAACAGAGAUUUCUCACAUCCAAUCAGCCAUUUAUUGUGCCAGAACAAAUGGCUUGGAAAUUAGAACUAGAAGUGGUGGUCAUGACUAUGAGGGUCUCUCUUAUGUUGCCUAUAAUGUAUCUUACAUCAUCAUCGACUUGAUUAAUUUUAAAUCGAUCGAUGUUGAUGUAAGAUCUAAAACUGCCUGGGUUCAAUCCGGAGCCAGAGUUGGUGAAAUUUGUUACAGAAUUGCAGAGAAAAGUAACACUCUUGGCUUCACAACUAGUGUUUUGCCCAAAGUAGGUGCUGGUGGAUACAUAAGUGGAGGAGGAUUUGGGACAUUGAUGCGUAAAUACGGGCUUGCAGCCGAUAACGUUAUUGAUGCAGUCCUCAUCGAUGCCAAAGGCAGAGUUCGCAACAGAAAAUCGAUGGGCGAAGAGUUGUUUUGGGCAAUUCGCGGAGGUACUGGUGCUAGCUUUGGAGUGAUCAUUUCAUGGAGAAUAAAACUGGUUGAAGUUCCUGCUAAUGUGACUGUCUUCGGAGUCAGCAGGAUCUUGGAACAAAAUGCUACAGCGCUUCUCUCCAAAUGGCAAAAUAUAACAGACAAGCUUAGUGAAGAUCUAUUCAUCAGAGUUCUAUUAACCAGGCUGAGUCUUGGUCAGAGUUUGACAAUGGUAGCUACGUUCCAAGCCUUGUUUCUUGGCAGCCCUGAUAGGCUUCUCAGGGUGAUGCAAGACAGCUUCCCUGAAUUAAACGUGACACGACAGGAUUGCCUUGAAAUAAGCUGGAUUCAGUCUGUCCUGUACUUCGGUCAGUUACCACUCAAUUCCACAGAAGCAUUGCUUAAUCUCACUGGACCGGCUGGCGGAUCCUUCAAAGCCAAGUCUGACUAUGUGAGGGAACCAAUUCCUAUAUCUGGACUACAAGGGUUAUGGCAAAGGUUUUUCGAACCAGAAGGCGCGGCUGGUGUUAUGAUAUUAAGUCCUCAUGGAGGCAGAAUGAGCCAGAUUAAAGAGUCCAGUACUCCAUAUCCCCACAGAGCCGGGACUAUAUACAUAAUUGAAUACUUGGUGUCCUGGACGACACCGGGGCCGGUUGAAUCUAGCAUAAGCUGGAUUAGAAGGCUCUACGAUUUCAUGGCGACCUAUGUUUCGAAAAAUCCAAGAGAAGCAUAUGCUAACUAUAGGGAUCUUGACAUUGGAUCCAACAGCGCAGGCAACACAAGCUACUCACAAUCAAGGGUUUGGGGACUCAAAUAUUUCAAGGACAACUUCGACAGAUUGGUACGAGUGAAGACCAAGGUCGAUCCUGCUAAUUUCUUCAGAAAUGAACAGAGCAUCCCACCACGUUCAUCGUUCAUGAUUGAGUGACAUUUACAGAUAUUGAAUUAUGUUGUAUUGGAAAUGAAUAAGUACUCUAUAUGGAGGUUAUGUAUUAUGUUGUGAAAUAAGAGUUGCUCUGUAAAAGCACUGUAGAGCAUAGCAUUCUAUGUAUAUUAUGCAUGGAGAAGGUUUAAUUCCUCACUGUUAUUUACAAAUAAAAACUAGUGAAUAAUUUGUCAUUAAUUCUA